AUGAGGGCAGAAAAGAAGUCCCAGAGCUCUUCUAGGGAGCGCCACAGGAGAAGCAGAGAGCAGGCAGCUCCAGAUGGCAAGAAGAAGGAGAAGGUGGAACACAGCUGGAAAGCUAGCAAAGAGAAGCAGGAGUUCACCAGGAGGAAAGAGAGGAAGGAGACCAAGAGCACCCUUGAGGCAGACAAUCAAGUCCAUACUUCCACAAUAGUGGAUGUAGAUGAUGUGGUGUCGUUCGAGGAGGAGAUGGAGGUGAUGGCCCUGCUUGAAAGCGAAAAGCAGGAAGAAGGUAUGAGGUCUCCAGGCCUGGGCAUUUGCGAGUGGCUUCUUGUCAUCCUGUCUUUCCUUCUCAUCAUAGUCACAUUUCCCAUUUCCAUCUGGUUCUGCAUGAAGAUUGUACGGGAGUAUGAGAGAGCCAUUUUGUUUCGAUUUGGACGAAUUCUGCGUGGAAGGCCCAGAGGGCCCGGGUUGUUCUUCUUCCUUCCCUGCCUGGACACCUACCACAAAAUAGACCUUCGCCUCAAAACCUUAGAGAUCCCUUUCUAUGAGAUCAUAACCAAAGACAUGGCAAGUCUAGAAAUAGAUAUUAUCUGUUAUUAUCGAAUGGAGAACGCCACACUCAUCAUGACAACCCUUGCCAACCAUUCCAAUGCAGUUCAGCUGCUAGUGCAGACCAUCACAAAGCGCUUGCUGGCACAUCGGUCCCUUGCUGAUAUCCUGAUGGAGAGGAAGUGCAUCAGCCAGGAGAUAAAGGUGGCUGUGGAUGCCAUCACCUGUCAGUGGGGGAUCAAGAUGGAACGGACAGAAAUUAAAGAUGUACGGUUGCCAACUGAGCUUCAGGAGUCACUGGCUGUGCAAGCAGAAGCCCAGAGAAAGGCCAGAGUGAGGGUUAUAGCUGCUGAAGGAGAAAAGGCUGCCUCUGAAUCCUUGAAGAUGGCAGCGGAGAUCCUGUCUCACACACCAGCUGCCAUCCAGCUCCGUUACCUUCACAUGUUGCAAACCUUGUCUGCAGAGAAUCCUUCCACCUUUAUUCUUCCUUUACCCUUUGACUUCAUGAAUCUUUCAUCUGUAGUCAACCUGAAAUCCACAGGCUGUAACCCCUCUUCAGAUAUUACCAACCACCCAGAAGCUCCAAAGGACAAGGAUUCCCCAAUGCUAUAGAGCAGGCCUGGGGCCAAGUGCAUCCUUCCAGGCUUCUCUAUCGAGCUCUUGGGACUCUCCUCAGCCACACCUUUGACUGGUCCU